UGAGAGGUCCAUAGCACGGUUGCAGUGGGGUGCGAAAAUGUAUUUCCACCCCAAGCAGCACAAGCUAUUAUUAUUACUCGGGCCUUAACUCUAUCUGUAGAUCAAGACGCCGAUCGAUCUCAGAGAUGUAUGUUUCGACUGAAUUCUCUUAUCCUCUUGAUGAUCCUGCUCCUUCGUUCUGCGCCAGGAGGCCUGAUCGACUGUCUGGUGGAGUUUCGACGCCAGAAGUUUAGCUUCUUUCUCUCUUCAAGUCUGGGAGUCUCGCACGGAUCUCACCACAAAUACGUAGCCUCUCUCUCCACUGCGUCCACUCACCUCCGGUUCUCGACCCCAUGCCAACCCUUCAAGGGCCAAAGCACCCUGGAUUGAAGCCUGUCGCCA